AUGCGCUCCUUCGCUGCCGUCCUCCUCGCCUCCGUUGCGUCCGUCGUGGCCAAGCAGAUUGUCAUCACCGUCGGAGGGAACACGACCGACAAUGCCACCACCGUUUUCCAGCCCGCCGAGGUCACCGCGAACAUCGGCGACACGGUGUUUUUCAACUUCACCAUGGGCAACCACACUGCCAUCCAGUCCACAUUUGGUGCCCCGUGCAUCCCGGCCCACGACAUUAAUGUCACUAUCAACGGCUUCAUCUCCGGUUUCCGUGAUGCCGGGAACGGGACCGCGAUCACGAACUUGCCCGUGACGAUCUCGGACAACAACACGAUCUGGUUCUACGACUUCAACACCUGCGCCCAGGGCGGUGUCGGUGGCAUCAACGUCAAUGAGAGCAGCACCGAGACUCUCGACGGUUUCAUCCGCAAUGCGGAGCGCCUGAAUGGCACGAACGCCACCUCCUCGUCCACCUCUGCGUCCGCGGCGAGCACCGCGCCGUCUGGCUCUACCGCCGGCAGUCACCCGUCCACGACGAGCGCGUCGGGCAACAGUACUGGUGCCGCCGGGCGCUCCCUUGUCCUCGGCCUCGCUGCGGGGCUGCCCAUGGCCGCCGCCGCGCUUCUUCUAUGA